AUGGUGCUUGAGAAAAUCACUAAAACGCUUCCAGUGAAAGCAGCGAACAUCGACGGUUGGCGCAUCCCAACAGAGAUCAAUCUGGCCGAUCCCCUGUUUCACCUUCCUGGUAAAAUACACGUUCUGCUUGGGAUUGAACUCUUUUUCCAGCUGUUAGAGCCUGGAAAAAUUUCUCUAUGCCCUGACGACAAUCUUCCAACGUUGCACAACACCAAACUAGGUUGGGUUGUUGCUGGUCGCGUUCGUGAUAUCAAUGUAGCACCGAACACAUCGUCUCCAACGUGUUUGUUGGCUACUGCCGAUAACAGCCUGGAUCAGCAAUUACGUCAUUUCUGGGAGUUGGAGGAGUAUUCGAAAACGGCACCGCAUCUCAGUGAAGAAGAAAAGCAGUGUGAAGAUCACUUCUACAAGCACACUAUUCGAAACGCGUCUGGAAAAUAUACUGUCCGUUUACCUUUCUUGCACUCUCCAAGUCAACUAGGCGAUUCGAAACAAAUGGCCGAGGAACGUCUGAGUCACAUUGAAAGGAAACUGAAUCGGAAUCUCUAUCUCAAGCAAGAGUACCAUUCGUUUCUCAAGGAAUACUGUGAGCUGGGGCAUAUGACACUAACUGAAAGCCCUGCACCGAAAAAUACAGUCUACUUACCUCAUCAUUGUGUUGUAAAGGAGGAUAGUUCAACAACAAAAUGUCGCGUCGUCUUCGAUGCCUCCGCGAAAACCACCAGCGGAAAAUCCCUCAAUGAAGUGCUGAUGACUGGUCCCGUUUUGCAGGACUCUAUAGUUAAUAUUCUCCUACGCUUUCGGUUCCCAGCAGUGGUGGUUACUGGUGACAUAAAGCAGAUGUAUCGCAUGGUUGAGGUACAUGAAACGGAUCGUGAUUUCCAACGUAUUCUAUGGCGAUUUUCCUGUGACGAGCCGGUGAAAGAAUAUCGUCUCAACACGGUUACCUACGGAACAAAGAGCGCUUCAUAUCUAGCGACUAAAUGUGUCCAGCAGCUGUUGGAAUCCCAUAGAGAGCAGUUUCCGGCAGCGGUUGCAAAGGCAGAACAGAGCACUUACGUUGACGAUGUCCUCACUGGUUCUGACACGGAAGACGAAGCAAUAAUUUUGCGACAGCAGUUAACAACUAUAUUCGCCGCCGGUGGUUUCCACCUGCGGAAGUGGGCGUCUAAUAGUCCACCGGUUCUCAAUGGCAUCCCAGCAGAAGAUCGAGAAGUGAAACUACCAAUCGAGCUCAACGACACGCGCACCAUUAAGGCCCUCGGCAUCCACUGGCAGCCGUGCACCGACGCAUUCCAGUUUUUCUAUACACCGAACAAGAUCCUUCAGCCCACAAAACGGACCAUGCUUUCACAAAUUGCCAGUAUCUUCGACCCGCUAGGAUUGCUGGCACCAAUAGUCGUCAAAGCGAAGCUGGUCAUGCAACAAUUGUGGGAACUGAAGGUGGACUGGGACGAAAGUCUCCCCGGUACCGCGACGAAUAAUCGGCAUGCAAGGUGCGUGCCGUAUCUCUCUGCACGGCUACAGUGA